AAACUGGCGUACAAAGAACCCACAAAAUCAACCUCGAAAAUAAUGAAACCACAAAAGAAGAAUAUAAACUUAAACUGGGAGACGAGAUAGCGCAAGGCAUAUACCUACAACUGGCGAAAAUCGGGGAACGCCUUCCAGUUGACUCUUUCGAAGAACUAGAGGAAUCCACGCAAGGAGAUCAAGGCUUCGGAUCCACGGACCGACGAAAAGCAACUCGAAAAAAGACAACUGUUAAGAUCCUGGAAUUUAAUCCAUUAUCUUCACCACAGUUAAAUUGUACCCAAUUUCUUGAAACAAAGUGGAUAUAUAAAAAUUAUGAGUCACAACCACUUAUUCUUAUCGAAUGUCAUCCGCGAUACACACAUCCACACUAA